AGAUUCGUCUCUCUCAAACGACGCCCCACCAUCCCAAUCCCACGUCUCUCUCUAUCUAGUCCCGGGCCUCGACUCGUCCCGAUUCACCAAACCCUAACCCUAGGCAGCACAUCCUCAAUCGCACCGCGCGCGGCCGCCGGCGAGACGAGCGAGGAUGCCGUCGGGGUCGACGCAGUUCCGAUACACGCAGACGCCGUCCAAGGUGCUGCACCUGCGGAAUAUGCCGUGGGAGGCCACCGAGGAGGAGCUCGUCGAGCUCUGCAAGCCCUUCGGCAGGGUCGUCAACACCAUGUGCAACGUCGGCGCCAACCGCAACCAGGCCUUCGUCGAGUUUGCGGAUCAAAACCAGGCAAUUUCAAUGGUUUCAUAUUAUGCCUCAUCUUCAGAACCUGCUCAAGUUCGUGGUAAAACUGUAUAUAUACAGUAUUCAAAUAGGCAAGAAAUUACCAACAAUAAAGGCACCGGUGAUUCUUCUGGCAAUGUCCUGCUUGUCACUUUUGAAGAUGUCCAGCCCAAUGAUGUUAGCAUAGAUGUUAUUCAUUUGGUAUUCUCUGCUUUUGGGUUUGUUCACAAGAUAGCAACGUUUGAGAAAGCUGCUGGUUUUCAGGCACUUAUCCAAUAUACCGAUGCCCCAACUGCUCUAGAAGCAAAAAAUUCAUUGGAUGGAAGAAGCAUCCCGAGAUAUCUGCUCCCUGAGCAUGUCAGCAUUUGCCACUUGCGUAUAACAUUUUCUGCGCACAAAGAUCUGAAUAUUAAAUUUCAGUCACAUCGCAGCAGGGAUUACACAAAUCCUUAUCUUCCUGUUAAUCCAACAGCAAUCGAGGGAAUUGCACAGCUCACAUUAGGGCCUGACGGGAAGGUUAAGGAGCCUGAGAGCAAUGUACUUUUAGCAUCAAUUGAGAACAUGCAGUAUGCUGUGGGAGUGGAUGUUCUACACACUGUGUUCAAUUCUUUUGGUACUGUCCAAAAGAUUGCAAUGUUUGAGAAGAAUGGUGGAAUGCAGGCUCUAAUACAAUAUCCAGAUAUAUCCACAGCAGCAGUUGCUAAACAAGCUUUGGAGGGGCAUUGCAUAUAUGAUGGUGGUUACUGUAAGCUUCAUCUGUCAUACUCUCGUCAUACUGAUCUCAAUGUAAAGGCACAUGAUGAGAGAAGCAGAGACUACACAGCCUCAAAUCCUAGCGCCCAGGUGCAAGCUGCAGGUCAAGCCCCAGGUUUAAGCACUGCAGGAGUGGCAUGGCAAAACACCACACCAGCUGCUUCCUUUUAUCCAAGCUCAGCUGGAGGGAAUCCUGUUGGACAAGUGCCAGCAUGGAAUCCUAACAUGCAGCAAGGGGCUUUUGCCUCUGCAUCAACGUCUUACCCUACACAAUCAUUGAUGGCAAACUCUGGUCCCCACUAUCCUGCAGUAGGAUCCAGUUCCGGCGCCCCCCCAAUGUUGUACCAAGCUCCACAGCAGAUGCCGCAAUAUGGUGCACCCCCUGCUGCUCCACCUCAUGCACCAUUGGCUGGCCAACCGAUGUACUUCCCGAAAUAAGCUGUUAAUCUGGUAUAGCAUAGUUUGUUCGUUAUCUCCAGCAGCUAUGGUCUCAAGUUUUGGAAUUGCAUUGUAACUCUUCUCUGUAUCUCCUGUUACUUGCAAGAUCCAUGUAGCAAAUGUACCUUUGCAAGGCUGUUGGUGCCUGUAAACUGCCCGCAAAAUUAAAAUGAUGCAUGUUCGUUCAUGUCAUGUUCGCUCAAA